CUUCCAGGCUCUGGCAGCCAGGCGAAGAUCUGAUCACCCUGCUGAGUCCUCUGGGGGAGGGAGAGAGGAAGGGAAGAGGGAAGGAGAGAGAGAGAGAGAGAGACAGCGAGACAUACACAGAGGAAGAGGCAUACAGCUCCUGCUCGGGGCUCAUCUGCUCACUGGAUCAGUUUCCUCCUUGGUGGUGGAGAGGAUGAGGGUGGCUUCCCCCCCCCUCCUCAAGAUGAUUUCCAUAGUAACCUGAUCAAGUGGUGCAAUUUAGCAAACUGAGGAUUUUCACUAGCCCCCCAGAAUGACAUCUGACAGCAUCAAAAUAUAGUUGACUGUGGAAGCUCCAGAGUAACACCUUCAAGGUGCAACAGCGCACAGCUUUGAAACUGACAAGUUGAAGCUUUGAUUUGUAUUCUUCUGACAGCCUGGGUCCUUCAGAUGCUUCUUUUAAAGUGAUAGAGGUGGAUGACAUAAUAGGAACUGUAUGGAGUGGUGACAGUCCAAGAUUCCCCUCUGCAUUCUGCCCUCCGCACUGACCUGGAAGGGGACAUCCACAAGAAAGACAAGCAGGUUCACAGAGGGGAUGUAACCUUAUUUAAAAUGGAAACCUGUGACGGAAGAUAGCAGUUGGAACUAAAGUAUUUGGUGAAUGUUUCUUUUUUAAUGGGUGAACUUUUAAAAACGAUAUGCUGGUUUGGAAGGUACGAGGAGUAAAUUGCAAAGUUUAUUUUCUCUACUCGAUCGAUGGAUUUUUUAAUCAUUCCUUGGAGUCAAUGAAGUUCAGCGAAGGCCUGUGAUGGAAAAAGCAGCAGGUCUGUGUGUUUGUAGUUCCCACAUUUUGGAUUAGUUUGCUGUCUUGCUGAACCGAUUCCGUUUUGACGGGCAGGGCGUGAAUGUGAUGGAUUUAUCUUCAGAAAUGAACAGACAUGGAAGGAAUCCAAUAAGUCACAAGCUAGAAGAUCAGAAGAAGAUUUACACUGAUUGGGCUAACCACUACCUAGCAAAAUCUGGCCACAAGCGGCUGAUCAAGGAUUUGCAACAGGAUAUUGCAGAUGGAGUUCUGCUAGCAGAAAUCAUCCAGAUCAUUGCCAAUGAAAAGGUUGAAGAUAUCAAUGGCUGUCCCAGGAGCCAAUCUCAAAUGAUUGAGAAUGUUGAUGUCUGCCUUAACUUUCUGGCAGCCAGAGGAGUAAAUGUUCAAGGUCUUUCUGCUGAAGAAAUAAGGAAUGGAAAUUUGAAAGCCAUUUUAGGACUGUUUUUCAGUUUGUCUCGGUACAAACAGCAGCAGCACCAUCAGCAACAAUACUACCAGUCUUUGGUAGAGUUACAACAGCACGUCUCUCAUUCUUCCCCUCCCGCUGAAAUCAGCCAAUCCAAAACACAGCAAGAUAUGCAGUCCAGUCUGAGAGCCAGAUAUGCAACUCAGUCUAAUCACAGUGGAAUUGCAACCAGUCAAAAAAAGACUUCUAGGCUUCCAGGGCCCUCAAGGGUGCCAGCUGCAGGCAGCAGUACCAAGGUCCAGGGAGCUUCUAAUUUAAAUCGGAGAAGUCAGAGCUUUAACAGCAUUGACAAAAACAAGCCUCCACAAUAUGCAAAUAGCAAUGAAAAAGAUUCACCAAAAGGCCCUCACCCAUCGGCAGGCAUGAAUGGAAAUGUGCAGCACCCCAUCAACACUGGGCAGCAGCCGGUCUCUGCCAUACCCUCUCCAAGUGCCAGCAAGCCUUGGCGCAGCAAAUCCAUGAAUGUCAAACACAGUGCCACCUCUACCAUGCUGUCCGUGAAGCAGCCUAGUCCCGCCACCUCCCCUACUCCAUCUUCAGAUAGGCUCAAACCACCCCUUUCUGAAGGAGUGAAACCCCCUUCAUCUGGACAGAAAUCCAUGCUGGAAAAGUUCAAGCUGGUUAAUGCUAGGACUGCUUUAAGACCCCCCUUGUCAUCAAGUUCAGGACCCAAUGACAGUGGAAGAGAGGAUGACACCUUUUCGGAGUGUGGUGAAAUGGACGGCUUUAGCAGUGGACUAAAUAGUGGUGGCUCCACCAGUAGCAGUCCUAAAGUGUCACCUAAGCUAACCCCGCCAAAAGCUGGAAGCAAAAAUCUCAGCAAUAAAAAGUCUUUGCUACAGCCAAAGGACAAAGAGGAAAAGAACAGGGACAAAAAUAAAGUUUGCACUGAGAAAACAGUAAAGGAAGAGAAGGACCAGGUCCCUGAAACAUCUACAAAGAAGAGCUCAAAAAUUGCAAGCUUGAUCCCAAAGGGGAGCAAGACUACAGCAGCCAAGAAGGAAAGUUUAAUACCCUCCUCUAGUGGGAUACCAAAACCUGGAUCAAAGGUACCAACAGCAAAGCAGAGUGCUUCACCUGUGUGUGCAGGAAGUAAAGAGUCUGAAAAAUUCAGGACUACAAAGGGCAACCAGUCUCAAUCGACAACGAAAUCACAAGCUAAUGAGAAAGCCUCCACUUCCUGUAAUCUUGCUUUUUCUGAAGGAAAAGAAUCUAGCCCAGCUCUGACCCCUGGUUCUUCUGCAGCUCUUUCUGUUUCAAUGGCUGCAAGCAGUGGACAAGUCACAGGAAAUGGCAUCGUCCAACUUCCUCAACAACAGCAAUAUAGUCACCCAAACACUGCCACAGUAGCUCCUUUCAUUUAUAGAACACACUCAGAAAAUGACAGUACCUCUUUACCACCUGCUGACUCCUGCACCAGUCCUACUAAAAUGGAUUUAUCAUACAGUAAGACUGCCAAACAGUGCCUAGAGGAGAUAUCUGGGGAAGACCCAGAAACAAGAAGAAUGAGAACAGUAAAGAAUAUAGCAGAUCUGCGACAGAAUUUGGAAGAAACUAUGUCCAGCCUUAGAGGGACCCAGAUAAGCCACAGCACAUUGGAGACAACGUUUGACAGCACUGUGACAACUGAAGUGAAUGGGAGAAGUAUACCAGGCUUGACAAGCCGAUCCACGCCAGUGACUUGGAGGCUUGGCCAGGCUAGUCCUCGCCUCCAGGCAGGAGAUGCCCCAUCCUUAGGUAGUGGUUACCCUCGCAGUAGUGCUGGUCGCUUCAUACAUACUGACCCCUCGCGAUUCAUGUAUACCACACCUCUUCGCCGAGCAGCUGUUUCUCGCCUCGGGAAUAUGUCACAGAUUGACAUGAAUGAAAAAGGAAGCAGUGAUCUGGACAUGUCCUCGGAAGUUGAUGUUGGCGGUUACAUGAGUGAUGGGGACAUUCUUGGCAAAAGCCUCAGAACAGAUGACAUCAGUAGUGGGUACAUGACAGAUGGAGGGCUCAACCUGUAUACAAGAAGUCUGAACCGAAUUCCAGACCUAGCUGCCUCCCGAGACGUAAUCCAGAGAGGGGUGCAUGAUGUGACUGUGGAUGCUGACAGGUGGGGAACAGCAAAAGUUCAAAUUCAACAGAGAACAAGCCCCUUUUGGAAUCAACAAAAAGAGACAAGCUGGGAUGACAGCAGCUCAGUUAGUAGUGGCCUCAGUGACACUCUUGAUAACCUCAGCACAGAUGACCUGAACACCACCUCAUCUGUCAGCUCUUAUUCCAAUAUUACUGCUUCUUCAAGAAAAAACACUCACACUCAGGAAGAAAGGAAUGGGCAGAAGGAGACUGUUCUCCUGUCUCCUCCAUGGGAAGAGGUGAGCCAAGGGUGCGAGCUGAAGACUGAUUCAGAGAAACGGUUCGUAACAGACAGUGAAAACUGGGGCAGCACUGAAGAACUGAAGAAGCCAGAGGAGGACUUUGACAGCAAUGUAGAUGGCAGUGGGAAAUGGAAGGGCCUUCCCUCGGGGCUGUCUGAAGACUCAGAGAAGGGAGGUCAGAAAGCAUCUCUGUCUGUUUCACAGACUGGAUCCUGGAGGAGAGGCAUGACUGCACAAGUUGGAACGACCUCAUCCAGACACAAAGCUGGGACAAGUGCUCUCAAGACACCUGGAAAAACAGAUGAUGUGAAGGCUUCUGAAAAAGUGAAAACUCCCCUCAAAGGCACCUCUAUACAGCGCUCUCCAUCAGACGCAGGAAAAAGCAGUGGCGAUGAAGGAAAAAAGCCUCCCUCUGGCAUUGGACGAUCAACUGCUACUGGCUCCUUUGGAUUCAAGAAGGCUGGGGUGGGAUCUUCUACUAUAAUCACCACAAGUGGGGCAACCAUAACAAGUGGGUCGGCGACACUGGGGAAGAUGCCCAAAUCCACAGCCAUUGGCGGCAAGUCAAAUGCAGGGAGGAAAACUAGCUUAGAUGGGUCACAGAAUCAGGACGACGGUGUAUUACAUGUUAACUCGAAGACCACGCUGCAGUACCGGAGUUUGCCGCGCCCUUCAAAAUCAAGCACUAGCGGUAUUCCUGGAAGAGGUGGACACAGGUCCAGCACCAGCAGCAUCGACUCUAAUCUCAGCAGCAAGUCUGCAGGUGCUGCCACCACCAAACUGAGAGAGCCCACAAAGAUUGGCUCAGGGCGCUCCAGUCCCAUCACCAUCAAUCAGACAGACAAGGAAAAAGAGAAAGUGGCAGUGUCUGAUUCCGAGAGCGUUUCAUUCUCCAGUUCCCCCAAAUCCAGCCCAACGUCUGCCAGUGCCUGUGGGACACCAGGACUUAGGCAGCCAGGAUCCAAAUACCCAGACAUUGCCUCGCCCACAUUCCGAAGGUUGUUUGGUGCCAAGGCUGGUGGCAAAGCUGCCUCUGCACCCAAUACUGAAAGUGUGAAACCCACAUCAGCAAUGCCCAGCCCUAGUACCACAUUAGCACGGCAAGGCAGCCUAGAAUCUCCAUCUUCGGGCACAGGCAGCAUGGGCAGUGCAGGUGGGCAAAGUGGUAGCAGCAGCCCCCUCUUCAGUAAACCCUCGGAAUUAAACACAGAUGUUGUAAGCUUAAGUCACUCCUUGGCUUCCAGUCCAGCAUCUGUUCACUCUUUCACGUCAGGUGGUCUCGUGUGGGCUGCAAACCUGAGCAGCUCCUCAGCUGGCAGUAAGGACACACCAAGUUACCAGUCAAUGACUAGCCUGCACACGAGCUCUGAAUCUAUUGACCUCCCUCUCAGCCAUCAUAGCUCUCUCUCUGGAUUGACAACAGGCACUCAAGAGGUUCAGAGCCUGCUCAUGAGGACUGGAAGCGUCAGAUCUACACUGUCGGAAAGCAUGCAGCUUGACAGAAAUACACUACCCAAAAAGGGACUAAGAUAUACCCCGUCAUCUCGGCAGACCAGCCAGGAGGAGAGCAAAGAGUGGCUGCGCUCCCAUUCCACUGGAGGCCUACAGGACACUGGCAGUCAGUCCCCUAUUGUUUCGCCUUCAGCUAUGUCUUCCUCUGCAACUGGGAAAUAUCACUUUUCCAACUUGGUGAGUCCAACCAACCUGUCCCAGUUUAACCUUCCUGGACCCAGUAUGAUGCGUUCAAACAGCAUCCCUGCACAAGAUUCUUCUUUUGACCUGUAUGAUGACUCCCAGCUGUGUGGCAGUGCCACAUCCUUAGAAGAAAGACCACGAGCAAUCAGUCAUUCAGGCUCAUUCAGAGACAGCAUGGAAGAAGUACAUGGGUCCUCAUUAUCACUGGUCUCCAGCACCUCCUCUCUCUAUUCUACAGCAGAAGAAAAGGCACAUUCGGAGCAAAUACAUAAACUCCGAAGGGAACUGGUUGCAUCACAGGAAAAAGUUGCCACCCUCACAUCCCAGCUUUCAGCAAAUGCUCAUCUAGUAGCAGCUUUUGAAAAGAGCUUAGGAAAUAUGACUGGCCGACUGCAGAGCCUGACAAUGACAGCUGAACAAAAGGAAUCUGAGCUUAUAGAACUAAGAGAAACCAUUGAAAUGCUGAAAGCCCAGAAUUCUGCUGCGCAGGCUGCUAUUCAGGGAGCUUUGAAUGGCCCUGAUCAUGCCCACAAAGAUUUGCUUAUAAGACGACAACAUUCCUCAGAAAGUGUUUCCAGCAUCAACAGUGCCACAAGCCAUUCAAGCAUUGGCAGCGGUAAUGAUGCUGACUCCAAGAAAAAGAAAAAGAAAAACUGGGUGAACUCUAGAGGAAGUGAGCUAAGAAGCUCAUUCAAACAGGCCUUUGGAAAGAAAAAGUCCACCAAGCCUCCUUCCUCACAUUCUGACAUAGAGGAACUCACCGAUUCAUCUCUUCCAUCAUCACCCAAAUUGCCCCACAACUCAGGGGACUGUGGGACAUUGUCAAUGAAACCAUCACAGUCAGCAUCUGCGAUAUGUGAGUGCACAGAGGCAGAGGCUGAAAUUAUUCUACAGCUAAAGAGUGAGCUGAGGGAAAAAGAGCUAAAGUUAACAGACAUUCGUCUCGAGGCCCUCAGCUCAGCACACCAUCUUGAUCAGAUUCGUGAAGCCAUGAACCGCAUGCAGAAUGAAAUUGAGAUUCUGAAAGCUGAAAAUGAUCGCUUAAAGGCAGAGACUGGAAAUACUGGGAAGCCGGCUCGACCAUCUUCUGAGUCUUCAAGCAGCACAUCCUCCUCUUCAUCACGGCAAUCAUUAGGGCUUUCUCUGAACAACUUGAAUAUCACAGACUCUGUUACAUCAGAUAUUUUACUGGAUGAUGUCACAGAUGGAGCCCUCCCCAAAGAAGGCCACAGUGUUAAAAUUAUAGUCACCAUAAGUAAGGGCUGUGGUCGAUCCAAGGAUCAAAAGACACAGGCAUAUUUGAUAGGAUCCAUUGGGGUUAGUGGGAAAACCAAAUGGGACGUUUUAGAUGGAGUAAUUAGACGUCUCUUUAAGGAAUAUAUCUUCCGAGUGGAUCCAGCUACUAGCCUGGGUUUAAGCUCCGAUUGUAUUGCUAGCUACUGUAUAGGGGAUUUAAUCAGAGCCCAUAGCCUGGAAGUGCCUGAACUGCUGCCUUGUGGAUAUCUGGUUGGAGAUAAUAACAUCAUCACUGUGAACCUGAAAGGAGUGGAAGAAAACAGUUUGGACAGUUUUGUGUUUGAUACACUAAUUCCUAAGCCAAUUACCCAACGGUACUUUAAUUUACUGAUGGAGCAUCACAGAAUCAUCCUGUCAGGACCCAGUGGCACUGGAAAGACCUAUUUAGCCAACAGACUGGCUGAAUACAUAAUAACUAAAUUGGACAGGAAAAAAACUGAGGAUGCAAUUGCUACUUUUAAUGUAGAUCACAAAUCAAGCAAGGAUUUGCGUCAAUACCUAGCUAACCUGGCUGAGCAGUGCAGUGCUGACAACAGUGAUGCUGAUCUCCCUGUAGUAAUAAUUCUUGAUAACCUCCACCAUAUUGGUUCUUUGAGUGAUAUUUUCAAUGGUUUCCUCAAUUGUAAAUAUAAUACAUGUCCCUAUAUUAUUGGAACAAUGAACCAAGGGGUUACUUCAUCACCAAAUCUAGAGCUGCAUCACAAUUUCAGGUGGGUGCUAUGUGCUAAUCACACAGAACCAGUAAAAGGUUUCCUGGGCAGGUAUCUCAGAAGGAAACUGAUUGAGACAGAAAUAGAAAGGAACAUGCGCAAUAAUGACCUCAUCAAGAUUAUUGACUGGAUCCCUAAGACAUGGCAUCAUCUCAACAGCUUUUUAGAAACGCACAGCUCCUCAGAUGUGACCAUUGGUCCUCGCCUUUUCCUCCCCUGCCCCAUGGAUGUUGAUGGCUCCAGAGUGUGGUUCACAGACCUUUGGAACUAUUCUUUGGUGCCAUAUCUUCUGGAGGCCGUGAGAGAGGGACUUCAGAUGUAUGGUAAAAGAGCACCAUGGGAGGAUCCCUCAAAGUGGGUAGCAGAUACUUACCCGUGGAGCUCUGCACCUGUGCAGCAUGAAUGGCCAUCAUUACUUCAGUUACGACCAGAGGACGUUGGGUUUGAGGGUUACGCAUCUGCACAAGAAGGAACAACAUCCAAGCACAUUCCACAAAGUGACACCGAAGGAGAUCCCUUGAUGAAUAUGCUAAUGAGGCUCCAAGAAGCAGCCAAUUACUCGAGUGCACAAAGCUGUGACAGUGAUAGCACCAGCCACCAUGAUGAUAUUUUGGAUUCUUCUCUUGAAUCAACUCUCUAGAGGGGACAAACCUGGAUAGAGGAUUAUAGUAAAAUCUAUUGCCACUAACUACUGCCAGGAUUAAAGCAGCACACUGAGGUCGCUGAACAAGAGCAGUGUGUUGUAGGUGGGCAGGAGGCUUAACUCUGCAAAGUCAGGAAUUAAAAUCGAAGUGUAAAGCUUGAAUUUGUUUAAUUUCAAGGCAUUUCAAUAUCAGUGGAGCCAAGUAAGACUCCAUUAAUCAACUGGAAAGGGCCCUAAAUGGAGGGCAACUAAGCAGAUUGCACAUGUGUUAGCCAAACUGGAACCUUUUUUUGUUUUUCCUCUCUCUCUCUCUCUCUCUCUUUCUCGCUCUCUCUCUCUCUCGCUCUCUAAAAGCUUACAGCACAAACGUUUUGUUUUUUCCUUUACUUUUCUCUGAGGUGCUGCAUUAGCAAUGCAGUCUUCUGAUCCUCUUCUAACCUCUGUUGUGCCACAUGGUGCUGGUCACAGGACUACAGUAGUGUUUGUCGUACACUACUACCCAUUCCAAAAUGAAUCAAAGAUGAUGAUAGUAACUCAAUAAGCACAAACAGUAUUGUGCUAUCACCAGAAAACACUACUGUGAUAUGCUGGAUAAGUGCCAAUUUAAUUCUUAAUUGCCAUGGUCACAGUGACACUCUCCAUGAAGUUUUUAGUGUACAAGUCACCGAUUUUAUAAAAUUGUUUUUACCACAAAGGUCUUUUUUAACCACCUACCCACUCCUUUACAGUUUUAUACCAAUUAUUAACCAACACUGACUAAAGGCUUUUUAGGGCUUCAUUUGUUUGAGCCUUUUCAGUGGAAGAAGGAACAUUUCCUAUGGUGCUGUUUCACUGCCUUAAAACAGAUUUCUAGAACAGUUUUACGGUUCGUUUAAUUCCUAAACCAUUGGUAAUUUACACUGUUUUGUUUUCAUUUACUACCGAAAUAAUAUCAGUUAACACAGUAGCCUCAUAUCUGUAUAUCAUGAUUUUUUAAGAAAUGGAUAGGAGAAAGAACAGUUGCUAUAUAGUAUUUUUAUCUUGUGAAUAGAUUGCUCUGCCUUCCCUCAUAAAUAUACAAGAAACCCAGAACCCACUUCCACUAUCACCUAAAAGCUGAGAAAGCUGACCCAGAUCCAUUCAGUCCUGUGGAAUGGAGUUUUUGAAGGAUGUUUCGAAUUCUUAUCCAGCAGAGCUGGAUGCACUUGAUGCAGCAUGAGCACAAAUAUUUGUUUAUUUUUUUUUCUUUUUCUAGUUUUAAGCAUGUUGUUUUGAUUGAUAUUGUUGUACAUGAAAAAAAUAGCAUUAAAGAACACUGAAGCAGUGAUGUCCACUGUGGAAUAGGAAGAGUUUAUACUGUAAAAGUGGGUUGGUUUUGCACAGUCUACUGGGUGGGUAUUGUAAAUAUAAAAAGCCUUGCACAAAUCAAAACAAACAAACAAGAAAUUGUAUUUUAUCCUGUUGGUGUUGAGAUGUUACACUUACUGAGAUUUCCUCAAUGUUGCAAACAAAUACAGAAUGCAAACCUUAAAAGCUGUUUUUAACCUUGUGUGUUUGUCCUGUAUUUACAGUUGUUAUGACUAUGCAGGAGCUAGCAAUUCUAGAGUGAGCAUGUUUCAAUUUGAAUAUUGAGCCGAUACAUUUUUGGGGGCAAAAAAUGAAAUUUUAAGUGCAUCUGUCAUGGCAGGCUACAAACAGAUUGCAUUAAAAAAGUGAUUAGAAUAAUUGGAAAUGCUAUUGCCACAAGAGACAACUAGAUAAAAUAAUUUUAAAAAAAUAAUCCAAGGGCUAUGGCAUUGUGUAUAUGUACUGUACACAUAAAUGGAUGUUACCUUCAGGAUGUGUACUUGGUGCUACUAACUCUUUGUGGCCACCCUGUGGUCAUUUGCUGUAAAACAAAGACAAAGAAAUCAAUGCAGUUUUCAAUGGCACUGAGCUGCAUCAGUGAAUCUAGCGGUCCCUACACGGUGCUAUUGCCCUAAUACAAACUCUAAUUGAUUUCAUGCAUGUAGAAUAUAGUCAGACUGAUGUGGAGCCCCAAAAUUUAGAUCGGUUUCUAUUGUAAAACAUCAGCACAUGUAUUUGACAGCUGACUAAAAACCCAGCUGCUCUUUGUUAUAUAUGUGUUCUGAACAAAUUUGCAAAUCUUUUCCUGCCGUUUUAGACACAAACACACACAAUAUUACCAUAUACAAAACUUCCUGCAAUACAUCUCAGUGAGUCCACCUAGUUUACAACUUAAAAAUUGUUUGUGAAACAUUUGUCUGUAUACAUUUUAUAUUUUGUACAUUUUGAUGUAACAUAUCAUGUAAAUAGACAGAAACAGUGAAAUAAAUCAUCUGAAAAGUUUUGUAGUCUUUGUAAAGCCCUAAUAAUAAGUAUUUGGUGUCAUCGGACUUAACUGGAUGAUGUAUUUUUAUUGGUUUAUUGUUCCUCUAGCUUGUAAACCAGCUUGCAUAUAUUUUUUUGCAGGUGUGCACACUGUAUCUGUCUAAAUUAUUACUUUGACAUUAA